GUUGUUACUGUCAUCGUGUGGUAGAGGCGCGUCUCUGCAGGUUUCAAAAACUGCGUUUCUACUUCGUUUUAAUUAUUUACUUCAUCAUUACGUCUUAUUUUUAGUCUAGAAACAGGCCAGAUGUACAAUAACGCCAACAUGUUUAACGAAAAAAAAAUGUGUUUUGACUUGCACAUGUAUUAGUACUCUCACCUGUACUCAAAAUAUUGAUUGGUUGAAAGUGUUGUAGUGUUAAAUAUUUUUCUUGUAUGGUGAAAUGUGUGAGGUGAAGAUAAAUUAUUUCCGUAUAGUUCAAAGGUUUGCAUGAAAUAACAACACAGCAAUAAGAAGCACUGCAUCACAGCCAACUGGCUUCAGGCCCCUUUUCCAAGGUGGAGGAAUGCGCGGUAUUCAGCCUGAGCCGUCUCUGCCUUGAAUCACAAAAAGUGCCUGAGAGAGAAGGAUGUGUGAUAUUUGUUGAUAAUUAUCAGCAGAAUAACGAUGGAAAUCAAACUUUGCCUCCGGGUCUUUGUGGGGCUGUGGUUCAGUCAAGUGCUGCAGGAUGUGGCUGCAGACACAAAUCCAACCGCUGGCUCAUCCGUCUCUGAUGCAAACCUGAUGUUUGAGAUUUUGCUGGGGGGGGUGGAGAUAAACCAGGACAACAACGUCAUCCUGCUCGAUCAGGAGCUGGCCUCGAUGCGGCUGGGGCAGGCGUUCUUCUCUCAGAUCAACGACAACGUUCCCAAAGGUUUGAGCUCCAUGGGGAAAAUGGUGACCACUCUGCAGGGCCAGAGGAGGCCCCUGACCCACACACAGUUCGAGACCCUGGUGCUGAGCAUGGUUUACUCCGCCCACCAGAGCUGGCAUCACAAGAGAAGGACAAACCAGGACGAGUGGAGCGAAGUGCUUCUCCAGCUGGCCAACGUUACUGUGCGUGACCUACGCGGAAGUCACCUGUUCAAUUACGCCUAA